AUGAGGGCUCUGGACUGUUUCCUCUUUACCUGUUGCCUCUGUGGCCUAUGCGUAAUUGGAGGGGCAUCCGAAGUUGAGAACACGCUGAUGAAGAAACUGUUCUCUUCGUACAACCUGAAAGUGCGUCCAGCAGAGACGGCGACGGGCAAGGUCGUUGUCAGGGUGGGCAUGACCUUGGCCUCCUUCGUUGGCUUGAACAUGAAAGACGAAGAGAUGAACACGAUCGUAAUUAUGAACAUGGAGUGGAAAGAUCACCGUCUUUCCUGGAACCCCAGAGACUAUUCCAACGUCGAUGUGUUACGAAUCCCAGCGGGGAAAGUAUGGCUCCCUGACAUUGUCCUCAUCAACAAUAACGACGGGGUGUUUGACGUGGCUCUACGCGUCCACGUGCAGGUCUACAGCAACGGCACAGUGACCUGGACCCCCCCUGCCCUGUAUCGCAGCUCCUGCGGGGUAAAGGUGACAUACUUUCCGUUUGACUGGCAGAACUGCACCAUGGUCUUCCGGUCUUACACGUAUGACGCCUCUGAGGUGGACCUGCAGCCCGCUCUGGAUAAGAAGGGGAGGGAGAUCCGCGAGAUCAUCUUUGACACAAGCUUCAGUGAAAGCGGCGAGUGGUACAUCCGACACCAGCCCACGAGGAAGAACGUGCGUGACGACCUGUAUGAGGACAUCACCUUUUACCUGAUUAUAGAGAGGAAGCCAUUGUACUACGUUUUCAACAUCAUCCUGCCCUGCAUCCUCAUCACCGUCAUCGCUAUCUUCAACUUCUACCUGCCUCCCGACGCCGGAGAGAAGAUGGGCCUGUCCAUUAAUGUUCUGCUGACCCUCACUGUGUUCCUAUUGCUGCUGGCGGACAAAGUUCCAGAAACUUCUCUGGGGGUUCCCAUCAUCGUCAACUACCUCAUGUUCACUAUGAUCCUGGUCACCUUCUCCGUCAUCCUCAGCGUGGUGGUGCUCAACCUCCACCACCGCUCCCCCAACACCCAUGAAAUGCCCCUGUGGGUUCGCAGGAUCUUUAUCCAUAUUCUGCCUCAGUACCUGGGUCUCUUGAGGCCAAAAGUGGAAACUCCCCUAUCUCUGGAACGCCCCCCCAAGAAGGAGAGCCCGAAGGCUAUCAGACACGCUCCUGACGAAUACUUCAUCCGCAGACCCAACAUCCCUCUCUUUCCCAAACCUAACAGGUACCAACCCGAGGGGAUGUGCACAGAUUUAAGGAAGUUCAUCAACGGGCCGAGCCACUACGUCACCCUUCCCCCUGAUCUCAGAUCAGCCAUUCACUCCAUCACCUACAUCGCCGAGCAGCUUCAGGCUGAAAAGGACUAUGAAGCGCUGAAAGAAGACUGGCAAUACGUCGCUAUGGUGGUGGACCGACUGUUCCUCUGGAUCUUUGUGAUCUUCACCACGGUUGGCACGUUGGCCAUCUUCGCUGAUGCCAGCUUUAAUGCCACCCCCAGCGAUCCUUUCAUGGGCUCCUGA